AUGGAGAAGCAAGCCCUCGCCUCGUCAAACGACGACUACGAAAACGCUGCCUUGCUCAAUACAUCCUACCUCAAAGACUCCGAGACUACAAGGCGGCGCAACUACGUCUACCUGACUCUUUUCAACCUGUUCAUCUUCACACUCUCCAUGCUGAGCCUGAUAUGCGCGGUCACGAGCCAGAAAGACAUUUCCGGCCACAGUGCAGCAAAACUCAUGGACCAAUUCGACAUCUUCUCGCCUGCCAUGCAUGAAGUUGAGUAUUCUCACGUCAAGUACGAACUCCCAAAGCCGCUGAAUGCGAGUAAGUACGUCGGUACAACGGAGGAAGUCGAGGAGGCGUGGAUGGACAUCGCGUACCUGCCUGACCAGAUGGUGUCCAAAGCCGACUUCUACAAGCUGAAUAAGCCAGACGACGCAAUGCAGGUCACCGAUCCUACGACUGGCGAGACAGGGUAUCGCGUUGGUAUCGAAGUGUUCCACCAACUGCACUGCCUUAACCUCCUGCGCAUGUCGACGUAUCCCGGUCACUACAAGACCAUCUCGUGGUCUGAUACCAACGAUGCCCCGGAGAAGGUGCGUGAGCACUUGGACCACUGCAUUGAAAUACUGAGAAUCAAUCUCAUGUGUCUCAGCGAUGUGAAUGUGUUCACGUUUCAUCCCACAAGCGAAGUAGGCAAGCAGGGAAUGGGCGGCUACUGGCCGGACUACGAGAGUGAGCACGUUUGCAGGAAUUUCGACCACCUCAAGGACUGGGCGAGGGCCAACGCUGUGCCGAAUGCUGAUGUAUAG